AUGGACCGCGAUGCCUUCCGUGCCGCGGCGCACGCCACCGUGGACCGCAUAUGCGACUAUUACGACACCCUCGAGAGUCGGCCAGUGACCGCGCAGGUCGAGCGUGGCUACCUCGCGCAGCGCCUACCGCUCGAGGCGCCCGUGCACGGCGAGCCGUGGUCGGCGAUCAUGCACGACUAUGAUGCCCACAUCCUGCCGGGCAUCACUCACUGGCAGCACCCCAUGUUCUUCGGGUUCUUCCCUGCGAACGCCACGUACGAGGGCAUUUUGGCGGAUAUGCUCGCGUGCAUGACGACGAACCCCGCGUUCAACUGGAACGCGUCGCCGGCCGUGACGGAGCUCGAGUUCCUCGUGCUGGACUGGGUCGCGAAGAUGCUGGGCCUGGACCGUGCGUUUCUGAGCCUCGACACCACGCACAAUGGCGGCGGGGUCAUCUUUGGCUCAGCUAGCGAGGCGACGCUCACGCUGGCCGUCGCUGCGCGCGAGCGUGCGGUUGCGCGCCUGGCGUCCGAGCGGAACGAGGACGCGCAGGUGGCACGCUCGCGCCUGGUCAUGUACUGCACAGAGCAGACGCACUCGUCCGCGAAGAAGGCCGCGCUGAUUCUCGGGCUGCCGUGCCGCGUGUUGCCCGUGCACCGCAGCGACGCGUAUGCCCUGCGUGGCGCGACGCUGCGCGACGCCAUCGCGCAGGACACGCAGGCGGGCCUUGUGCCCUUCUAUCUCGUGGCGACGUACGGCACGACGAAUACGUGUGCGAUCGACUGCCUCGCGGAGAUCGCGGAGGCGCGCGAUGCCGCGCCGCACCUGUGGCUGCAUGUCGAUGCUGCGUACGGCGGCGUCGCACUGAGCGUGCCCGAGUACCGCGACGCGCAUCUUGAUGCCAUCAAUGCGCACUUUGACUCGUUCUCGACGAACCUGCACAAGUGGGGCCUCGUCCCGUUCGAGAGCUCGCCGACGUUUGUGCGCGAUCGCACGCCGCUCGUGCACGCCCUGACGCUCACGCCUGCGUACCUCGCAUCGAGGGGCGGCGAGGACCUCGUCUCGGACCUGCGCAACAUGCAGAUCUCGCUCGGCCGCCGCUUCCGCGCGCUCAAAGUGUGGAUGGUGCUGCGUAGCUACGGCGUGCAGGGCUUCCAGGCACACAUCCGCUCCCACGUCGCCAUGGCGACCGCCUUUGCGGAGCGCGUCGCGGCGCACCCCCGCAUCGAGGUGCCCGUACCGCCCCGCUGGGGCCUUGUGGUCCUGCGCGUGACGCGUCCGGGCCUCGAUGCGGCGCAGACAGACGCGCUGAACCGCGCGUGGGAGCAGCAGCUGCUUGCGCGCUCCUCUGACCUGCUGCUCACCCCGACCGUCGUUCCAGGCAUCGGCGUGUGUAUCCGCUGGGUCGUGGGCGCCGUCUCGACGCGCCCCGAGCACAUAGACCGCGCAGCGGCCCUCCUCGGGGCGUGUGCGGACGCCCUGCCGUAG